CACGUAACACUUCACAUCUAUUUCCUGACUCUGAAGAGAAAGUAGAAAAAUGGCAACCGUCACGAACCCAGGUAUUCCAUAUGUGGGCGGCAUUCCCGGGGGUAUGAGAGAUGGACGCCAGAUCGUCAUUAAUGGCAUGGUGCCCCACCACGAACAUAGUUUUUCCAUCAACCUUCAAACCGGACCAAACAUUAACCCGCGUUCCAACACAGCCUUACAUUUUAACCCUCGUCUGAAUGAAAACUGCGUGGUCAGAAAUCAUUAUCAACACAAUAGCUGGGGAGGGGAGGAGCGGGGAGGGUACCAGCCUUUUCAGAGGGGGAUGCCCUUUGAGGUCACUAUCCUCUGUCAGCAUCACCACUACAAGAUUUCCGUGAAUGGUAGACAUUUCUGCGAUUUCCGCCAUAGAGUUGAGAAACAUCACGUGAACACUCUGACAAUAGAGGGAGGUGUACAGAUUUACAGCAUUCGAUUUGAUGGCGCACAUGGACACGGAGUAGGGGGAUUUCUAGGCCGAAUGGUCGGGGAGAUAGCGAAGGCAGCCAUGCCGAGUCCGCCCCCACCCGCGGGAGCUUACCCUCCAGCCGGGGGGUACCCGGGAGGAGGAGCCCAACCCAUUUACAACCCUCCGGUUCCAUUUACCACGCCAAUUAGUGGAGGGAUUUUCCCGGGAAAAAUGAUAUUCAUCAGCGGCGUGCCACAUCCCAAUGCGGAGAGGUUCACCAUAAACCUAAUGUGUGGGCCAUAUGACGGGAGUGACAUCGCACUUCACUGUGACGUCCGACUUCGAGUUGGCGGUGACUUCAAUGUCGUCCUGAGGAAUUCUUGCCAGGGUGGUGGCUGGGGAUCGGAGGAGAGACACAGUCCUUAUUUCCCUUUCAUGCCAAACGCCAAUUUCGACAUGAUAAUAAUGGCGGAACAUGAUAAAUUUAAGAUUGCCGUAAAUAAUCAGCAUUUGUUGGAGUUCAGACAUCGCCUUCAACCACUGAACAGGAUCGACACUCUUCAGAUCAAAGGCGACGUCCGACUGACCCAAGUUCGCUUCCAGUAAUUACAUCUUAGAGACAGACCAUCGAUGAAUUCGCGAAGAUUUUCCAAAUGAUACUUUGAGUAUCAUACUGAUUUUAAAAUUGAAAUUCUUUGUCAUUUCAUUUUUUCUCUUAUUAAUGUGAUUUUUUAAUAUUUUUUAAAUGAAUAAAAUACUGCCAAGCUGAAAGAA